AUGGAUGGCAAACAGUGUCUGCAAACUUAUUUUAUAGUUAAUAAAGUUUUUCUUUUUAGCUGUGGAACAUGGCCUUAUCAGCAUACAAUUUUUGCAAAAACAUUCCGAUAUUUUUGGAUAACCCAACAAAUCGUUAUUAUGGCGGCUAAGUCAAUAAAAUUGUACGAAAUUAAAAAUGACACUGAUUUAGUUAUUGAAGCAGUAGCUUCUUUUUUCUAUAAUAUUAGCAUCACUAUCAAAUUCGUCAAUCAAGUUAUCAACGAACACAAAGUAAAAAUCAUCCUUGAAAAAAUUCAAGACGAUUGGAAAAGUCUAGAAGAUGAUUCGGAAAUAAAAAUUUUGUCUUACUAUGCUAGAUUAGGCAAGCUUUUCAAUUUUAUGUACAUUGGUGCAGUUUACUCUGCUUUGAUAUCAUACAUGGUUCUUCCUCUUACACCAAUUAUACUGGAUUUCAUAGUACCUUUAAAUGAAUCAAGGCCCAAGCAGCCGCUUAUAAUGGCCGAAUUCUUUAUAGAUCAAGACAAAUAUUUUUAUCCACUAAUGAUACAUGCCUAUCUGUCAGUACUUUAUGGUAUUAUACCUCUACUUGGAACAGAUACCUUAUACAUGAAUUGCGUUCAUCACUCUUGCGGAAUGCUUAAAAUUCUCGGGAAUCGUAUCAGAAAUAUUUUAAAUAGUUCAUCAAGGGAACUGUCCAAUAAAAUCAAAUAUGAGAAAAUGGUAAAGUGUAUCAUUCAGCAUCAAAACAUAAUAGAAUUUUGUAAUAACAUCAAUGAAACCUAUAGCACUUCAUUCUUAAUUGUAUUAUGCUUCAGUAUAACUUUGAUGAGUUUUAGUGGAGUAGCGACCGUUAUUAAAUUGGGCGACAAUUUUAAUGACGUUAUAAGAUUUGGAUUUUUCUCAGUGGCUCAAAUUUUUCAUUUACUUUGCUAUAAUUACAUGGGUCAAAACGUAUUGAACUAUGGGGAAGAACUGAGAGCCCAAAUAUACAAUACUAACUGGUAUGAAGCGUCCUUAAAAACACAACGACUCGUAAAAUUUAUGAUGGCGAAAAAUAUGCAUCCCAUAAUUUUGCGAGCAAAUAUCGUUCCCUUAUGUCUACCAAAUUUCACACGUGUUAUAAAAACGUCGAUGUCAUACUUUACGGUACUACAAUCAACAAGAUAA